GAGCGCAUCGACUCGUCUGGCAACCUGUGCGCGUUCUUCGGUGUAUGCAUGACCACUUUCGGCCUGUGCGCGCUCUUCAUGGCCAGCGCCAUGGCCAUGGAAAGGGCCACGGCCAUCACCAACCCGCACUGGUACUCCAACCACAUGAAGACCAGCGUGACCAAGCAGACUCUGGUGGUCAUCUGGUGCCUGGUGUUGCUCUUCGCCCUCCUGCCCGUGGCAGGGGUGGGCAAGUAUACGCGCCAGUGGCCCGGCACUUGGUGCUUUAUCAGCACCGGGGACAGAGAAGUGCCGGGGAACAUCUUUUUCGCCUUCACUUUUGCCUUACUGGGGAUUUUCUCACUGCUUGUCACGGUGUCCUGCAACGUGGUGACCAUCCGCGGCCUGAUUGUUCGCUGUAAAACCAAGUCUGGCACGUCUCAGGCCUCCAAACACUGGGAAAGACUCACCACGGAGACCGUCAUUCAACUCAUGGGGAUUAUGUGCGUCUUGCUUGUGUGCUGGUCUCCUCUACUGGUAUGUUUUCAUUACUUCCUUACAGUGUAG